CAGGGACAGGGGCGGGGACAGGGCCGGUGGCAGUGCCGGGGUCGGUGCGUGCGGCAGCCCCGGCCCGGCCCGGCCCAGCCCGGGGGGAGCCGCGGCCGAACGGGGCCAUGCGGGGCCGGGCAGGGCUCCGGGCACCGCUCCGGGCACCGCUCCGGGCACCGCUCCGCUCCCCACCGCUGCUGUCCCUGCUGCCCUUCCUGCCCCUCCUGACCCUCCUGACCCUCCUGCCGGCACCCGCGCUGGCCGCGGCCACAGAAACUUCUCCCCAGUUACCAGCACCAGAAAAUGUGGAGAUUUAUUCCUACAACUUCCAGAGUGUGCUGAGGUGGUCUCCUGUUGUAGUGGAGAACGGCUCGGUGUUAUACACAGCCCAUUACAAAACAGGUUUUUUCCAGGAGUGGAGCGGGAUGGGCUGUGCUGGGAGCCCCCAGCCCCAGUGCAGGUUCCCCCCGGAGCUGCGGCGGCGCUGGACGGUCGUGCUGCGCGUCAGGGCCGAGCUGGGCGCCCUGGCCUCGCCCUGGGUGCUCACACCUCCCUUCGUGGCAGAGAUGAACACCACUCUGGGUCCCCCCAGGGUGAACGGUGUGAGCAGCAGCCCCGACUCUCUGCUCCUCAGCAUCAGCUCCCCCUUCACCCCCGAGCCUGGGGACCUCGUCCAGUACCACGUGUCCUACUGGGAGAACACAACCAGUGCUAUAAAACAAAAGCUAAGUGGAAGCAAGACACUAUUCCAGAUUGGAAAUCUAAAGGAAUCAACACUUUAUUGCUUCAGUGUUCAAGUGCAGCUGAAGGUCUACUCAGGUCACUUCUUACAGGGACAGCAGAGUGUCCCAGAGUGUCACAGAACUGCCCUCAGUGAGGCAACCCAAGCUGUGCACAUCAUCCUCCUGUUUGUCCUGGCCUUACUCUUCGUGCCCCCAGUGACAUAUGCUUUGCUGCUUCUGUGGAAGUACCACCAAAAAAUCAAAUAUUGGGCUCAGCCACCCCUGCAAAUCCCAUCACACUUCAGGGAGUUCCUGAGGGACCCUGGCUUGUCUGGCUUGGAGCUGUACAGUCCUGCUGAGGAGGAGCCCCAGGCCCUGGUGGUUGGAGAAGGAAAUGGCCUGGAGGAUGAGGAUCCUUCACCCAACACCUCCAGGGACAGGGGGGACACUGAGGGGACACCCCAGUGAGUGGCACCUGCCCCAGGACUGGCCAGACGCUGCUCCCAUGGCUGCUGGCAGGACAGCCCUGAACAGGGAGCCUGGGAUCACAGGAUAAUCCUGAACAGGGAGCCUGGGAUCACAGGAUAAUCCUGAACACAGAUCCUGGGAUCACAGGAUAAUCCUGAACACAGAUCCUGGGAUCACAGGAUAAUCCUGAACACAAAUCCUGGGAUCACAGGAUAAUCCUGAACACAGAUCCUGGGAUCACAGGAUAAUCCUGAACACAGAUCCUGGGAUCACAGGACAAUGCUGAACACAGAUCCUGGGAUCACAGGAUAAUCCUGAACACAGAUCCUGGGAUCACAGGAUAAUCCUGAACACAGGUCCUGGGAUCACAGGAUAAUCCUGAACAGGGAGCCUGGGAUCACAGGAUAAUCCUGAACACAAAUCCUGGGAUCACAGGAUAAUCCUGAACAGGGAGCCUGGGAUCACAGGAUAAUCCUGAACACAAAUCCUGGGAUCAUAGAAUAAUCCUGAACACAGAUCCUGGGAUCACAGGACAAUCCUGAACACAGAUCCUGGGAUCACAGGAUAAUCCUGAACACAGAUCCUGGGAUCACAGGAUAAUCCUGAACACAGAUCCUGGGAUCACAGGAUAAUCCUGAACACAGAUCCUGGGAUCACAGGAUAAUCCUGAACACAGAUCCUGAUGCUCCAGGGGCCUCUGCCCAGCUCCUCCCGCUCCUCGCUCUGCCAAAAGCACUGGGAAGAGGGAGUGUGGAAGGGAAAGGAAAGGAACACUAAACUGCCUGCAGACAGGUGGAUAAAAGGGGUAAAUUCCCACUCCAGCUUGGAGGAAUAAUAGCACUUUAUUGAUGUGGGAUAACCUGGGACUUUCCAGGGAGUGAAGAGUUGCAGUGUAAAUUCCAUUUCUGCUGGUUUUGCAAUAAUACUCCCAUUCUAGCCACUCCAGUCUGCUUUCCUGAAUCAUUUCAAGUGCAGCACAAACUAUAAAGAAAUUUGUAGGUACUUUCCUUGGGAUGAGGCUGUGCCAAGAACCCCUCCCAGAGAGGUCAGCUCAUAUCUGCCUCCUGCCAGCCUCCUGGAAGCAUUAAUCUGCUCCUGCAGCCAGCCCAGGGCCCUGCACACCACAAAGGACCUGAGAAGAAUUUUGCUCCGAGUUUUUUACAGCCUGUAUCAGUCACUGUCACACACUAAAAGCUCCUGUUGACACCAGAGUUUUCUGGUUUUAGUGCCUUAAAGCAGAAGAGCCCAAGUUAAAUCCCACAUCACCCCCAGUGGGGUCUGGAGUGUCCAAUAAAGCACAAAGAACAAAUGAACCUCUUCUGUAGUAAAAAGAUGGAGUUGUUUGGUUUGUUUUUUGGGUUUUUUUUCUGGGGUUUGAUACCAGAAAAUUGAUAUGAAUUGUUUAAAAAAAAGCAGUAAGAAAUGUGGGGUUUUUGUUUGGAAGUGGCUGGUUGGAAGGCCCUGGCAAAGCUGGUGCCACUGUCUCAGCCUUUCCAGCAGCUGCCAAAAGCUUCAUCAGGUUCCUUAAAACAGAUCUCAUCCCUUGGGAUCAGCCAGGCUGCUGACAAGGGAUUUCAGGGAAGGCUGACUCAUGUGGGAAUGGUCACAUCAGCACCAGGCCUGCUUUAAUCACCCACACUCUGAGGCUGGGCUGGGAACAAAGGGCACAGCUCAUAAAAAGGAACAACCAAACUCACCCAGAAAUAAGGUUAAAAGCUCCUGGGAGUAUCUGUGUGUAUUCCUGAAUAAACCCUGGACUGCUGUCCUGUGUGUAUUCCUGAAUAAACACUGUCCUGGA